AUGUCAACAAAUAAAGUUCAACGUCGUCCAAUUGUGAUAUGUUUUACAUGUCAAAAAGAUAAUGAAAAAGGCACUGGUAUUAUUGUAUGUGGUGGAUGUCGAGAAACAUUUUGUACUAGACAUUUUACGCAGCAUCGUGAUAAAAUUAUCGUGGACUUUAAUUGCAUUAUUGCUCAACAUUCACAAAUACAACAAGAUUUUAAUACUCAAAUUGCUGUUGAUCCUCUAGAAAAAAUUAAUCAGUUGGAAGCAGAAACGAUGGCGAAAAUAAAACUUGUAUUUAAUAAGGCACGGGAACGGUUAUCUGAAUUAACUGAUAAAAAAAUAGAAGAGCAAAUAAAAGAGGAAUUUCGAUCAUUAACCAAUGAAUUACAUGAAAAAAAUACGACUAGUGAUUAUGUUGAACCGGAUAUUGAAGAAUGGAACAAACAACUGGAUGAAAUGCGAGUUAACAUUGAGUAUUUCAGAACUAAAGCUGUUUACGUUACGUCAAAUCCAAUAGAUUACUCAAAAAUAGUUACCAUUACGAAAGAAAAACAAAAAGUCCAAAUAAGUGAGGUGAAGGACACAAUUAACGAAAACAUUCAACAUAAUCUUGUACUUGUCGGUGCUGAUAAUGGUGAUUUUUCAUGCUUCAAUUCCGCUUUAGAAUGCUUAUACAGUGUUGACGAAUUUACAGCAUAUAUUUUAAAUUUAAAGCCAAGCGAUAUUGAGGGACAGGUUGCAAACGCUUAUGCUCGUUUGGUUAAACAAAUGAGGACAAGACAAUGUCAUUGGCAAACUGAAGAAUUAAUAAGAAUUUUGAAUCAGUAUCAACAUAAGUUUCAUAAUGAAUCGAAUAGAGAUUCGUUUGUCAUUUUAAGCUUUUUAUUAGAUGGUUUACAUGCAGGCUUAAACUUAGUCACACAAGAAACAAACGAAAAAAAAAAGGAUGAUGAUGGUAGUAAAAAUGAUUCCGAUUUGGCUAAAGAACAAUGGGAAUAUUAUAAAAAAUGGAAUCAAUCCAAAAUAAGUGAUUUGUUUCAUGGUCAACUAAAGUCACAAAUACAAUGUUUAGACUGUGAAACAACAAGACGUACAUUCGAUCCAAUUUCUUUCUUACAUUUACCAAUACCAGAUAAGAAAAAUUUACGUGUAUUUAAAGUUGAAUACGUGCGUCAAAAUGGUAAAAUAAAAUGUUAUAAUGUUAAAACACAUAAGCAAGGCAGAAUGUUAAGUUUAAUCGAAAAUUUUGUACAAAAAUUUUCACGAAAAAAGCUUGCUGCAACAACAAUAACCGCUGAUGAAUUAAAGGUUACUCCAGAUAAUGAUGAUGAAAAUUUGAAUGAUAAUGAUUUCUUGGAUGAAAAUGAUGAUCAUAUACCAAAAGUGGAUCAUAUAUUACCAACAGAAGUCUAUAAUCAUUGUGUUCAUCUACAAUAUUCGAAUGACAGUCUAUUAUCAAAUAUAUUAGAACAUGAUCAAAUUGUUUUCUAUGAAGUGCCCGUUUCGUUGAACAAAGAAAACAAUGAAACAAUAUUAAUGCCAUGUUUCUUACGUGCAGGGGACAUCUGGCAUCAAAAUUUUGGUCUCCCAUUUUAUUUAAAUAUUCCACGACAUAUAUGUCAUGGUAAAAAUAUUGUAGAUGCAUUACAACAAACAAUAAAAAACUAUUUACCGUUAAAUACAUCAUCUGUUAAUGGUACAACAAAGCCACUUUAUGUAGCACAUUGUGUCUUUAAGCAAAAUAAUGUAGAAACAACCAAAUUACUAAAUGAUGUUUUAGAUCAUUUAUUUGAUUUUACACGGGUAAACACCACUCUCUUUUGCGAUGUUGCUCAACACAUUGUCAAUCAGUAUAAAAAAGAUGAACAAAAACGCUUAGACAAUAGGGUGUCAACAAUAAGUUUCGGAACAAACAGAAUUCAACAAGAAAAACAAUCGAUGAUAUCUCUGUUAGAUUGUUUUACACAUUUUACAGUAAAAGAAAAAUUAUCCGAUCUUGAUCAAUGGUAUUGUCCCCAAUGUAAAUCAUUGAAAAAAGCCGUAAAAACCAGUGACUUAUGGUUAUUACCAAAAGUCUUGAAUAUACAAUUGAAAAGGUUUAACUAUAAUCAUUUUUAUUUUAAUAAGAUUGAUCUUUUUGUUGAUUGUCCAAAACGUGAUUUAGAUUUAUCACAGUUUGUAUCGAACCACGGUGAAAAACAAAAUGCAAAAUAUGAUUUAAUUGCUGUGUCAAAUAAUAUGGAUCUUUCAGGCAGUGGACAUUAUACGACACAUGUAAAAAAAUCUUUGGAUCAAAAAUGGUAUAGAUUCGAUGAUAGUGGCACCGUAUCUUACAUCGAUGAACAAGAUGUUGUGACAAAAUCGGCCUACGUACUUGUUUAUCAACAACAGUCGAAUGCUCAUAAUAGAUGUGUUAUGGCAAAGAAUGAUCUCGAAAACUACUGA